AUGCGUUUGGUUCCUUUCCUUCUUGCCGCCCGCGGCGCGUGGUCGCUACCAGCAUCCAACUCAAAUGCGGCAGCUCAGGCUCAAGCGGCCCUGGACAGCAUCACCAUAACUAAAGUGGAAGAUGUCCGUGGCAACCUUCAUCUACCGAAGACGUCUGGAGGCCUGGACGUAACAUGGUCUAGUAGCGAUCCAUCGGUCAUUUCUGCCGAUGGCAUCGUCCAGAGACAGGAUACUGAGAAAGUGGUUGACCUCACAGCGACGAUCGAUUCAGAUGGUACGGCACAAAAGCGAAUAAUCAGUGCCAAAGUACGGCAAGCGGUUCAGCUCGACCCCUUUGAAGGAUACGCGUUCGCCUACUUCACCGGCAACUCGCGAGCAGGCGAGAACAUUUUCCUAGCUGCGAGUGAAGGCAACAACGCUCUGAGUUGGACAGAGCUGAACAAUAAGCAACCUAUCUUGACCUCAACGCAAGGCACCAAGGGACUGCGCGAUCCCUUCCUCAUCCGAUCACACGAGGGAGACGUCUUCUAUCUGUUGGCAACGGAUCUCUCAAUCGGAUCUGGCACUUCCUGGGGCGAUGCAGUACGCAAAGGCAGUCUUUACCUCGAGAUCUGGGAGUCCAAAGAUCUCAAGACAUGGUCCCAGCAACGACAUGUCAAGGUAUCGCCAGACAAUGCUGGAAACACUUGGGCUCCGGAAGCAUACUACGACACCGAGAUUGGCGAGUAUGUUGUCUUCUGGGCUUCAUCCUUGUACGCAGAGAACGAUCCCAACCACACCGGCAAUUCGUACCAUCGUAUGCUGUAUGUAACAACGCGCGACUUUGUCACCUUCAGUGAGCCAGUGGUAUGGCAAGACGAUGGCAGGGCACGUAUUGAUUCGACUGUGAUCAAAGAAGGCGACGCAUACUUCCGCUUCACCAAGGACGAGGGUGCUUCUGGAACUGGCUGCGCAGAUAUCAUCCAAGAGCGCUCAACCUCGCUCCGCGCAACAUUGAGCUCGUGGACCCGAGUUGCUGCAUGCAUUGGCAGGAACGCAGGCACAAGUGCUGUUGAGGGUCCUACUUCCUUCAAGGCUAACCCCAACGACGUUAAUGGCCAGAAGUUCUACCUCUUCGUAGACGAGUACUCAGGACGUGGAUACAUCCCAUUGGAAACACUCGACAUUGCCAACCCAAGCUGGAUAGUCUCCGCUUCAUACAAGCUCCCCGCCAGCCCUCGCCACGGUACCGUCGUCCCGGUGACCGCAAAGGAACUCGCUGCACUACGUGGAACAACCACCUCAGCCACAAAGAGGGAGCCAGAGAAAGCAGCACUCGUAGCACGGAAGAGCCCUGUCCUCCCAGGUCUUUACGCCGACCCCAACAUCGCCAUCUUCGGUGACAGAUACUACAUCUACGCCACCACCGAUGGAUUCCCCGGCUGGGGUGGGAACGUCUUCUACGUCUGGUGCUCUCCCGAUCUCGUCUCCUGGACACGCUCCGCCGAGCCCUUCCUCACCCUCAACGGUACAUCCGGCAACGUCCCCUGGGCCACCGGGAACGCCUGGGCCCCCACUAUCAUCGAGCGCAACGGAAAAUACUACUUCUACUUCAGUGGCCAGAAUCCGACCUAUGACCGCAAAACCAUCGGCGUCGCAGUCGCAGACUCGCCCGAAGGCCCCUUCACCGCGCAACCCCAGGCCUUCAUCCUAAACAACGAAGCCGUCAAGACCGGCCAGGCCAUCGACUCCGCCGCCUUCCACGACCCCACUACCGACAAGUACUACCUAUUCUGGGGCAAUGGCGAGCCCGCCCUGUAUGCCGAAUUGUCCGAAGAUAUGCUCUCUCUCGUCCCCGGCAGCAUCAAAGCCAUCCCCAACCUGCCCGACUUCCGUGAGGGCAUAUUCGUAAACUACCGCAACGGCAUCUUCCACCUAACCUACUCAAUCGACGACACAGGCUCCGAGAACUACCGCGUUGGCUACGCGACAUCCGAUUCCGUGCAUGGCCCGUGGCAGUACCGUGGUGUGAUUUUGCAGAAGGAUACGAGCAAGGGUAUACUCGGUUCGGGACAUAGCAGCAUUGUCAACGUGCCAUGCACGGAUGAUUGGUAUAUUGCGUACCAUCGCUUUGCUAUUCCGAAUGGGGGUGGGACAAAUCGCGAGACAACUGUAGAUAGGGUGUACUUUGAUGAGGCUGGGUUGAUUAAGACGGUUGUGCCGACGUUGGAGAGUGUGCCACCGCAGACUAUUGGGUCGUGCUGA